AUGGGACAUGUCUCUUCGAAAAUCAUCUUAUCCGAGGCAGAGCGGGUGUAUAACAGCCUCGAUGUGAAGAAUCGCGGUUACAUUACGGUCAUGGACCUGAUGCUGUAUCACCACGGGGCUAACAAGCGCAAGGCCAAAUUUCUGCAAAAGGUCUUGCAGCACAUAUACUCAGAGUCCAUGACAAAGGAGUAUAAGCUUCCGAAACAAGACUUUCUGAAGCUAUUUGUAGCAAAAGCUACUAGUGAGAAAAAGCUGUCUAAUAGAGCCAUCCUCUGCGAUCGAUUUACUGAAAACUUUAAUCGCAGCGUUAAGAAAUCCAGGCCCACAGCACAUGCUGAUACCGACCUCAGCUCUUUGUGGUCUUACUACACAGAUAAUGGAAGCGUCUCAGCUAAUAUUGUCCACCGCAUUAGGAGCGUUGCUUCAGAUACAACUAAUAAAGAAGCAGGGAUGCUUUCGCAAUUUGGGCUAAACUCUCGGUCUUCUCUCCAUGUCAUUUAUAGACCUGAAUUCUUUACUGAAACAGUCACAAAGCAAUUUGCCACCGGAGACGAUCUCUCCCGGAUCAUUGAUUACCUCUCUGCGGCAGGCAUUGACGUGGGGCUCACACUGGGCUCUUCGUUCAGAGACAUGAUCCAUCCCCCUGAGCUCGACUGUGGGCAAACCCCCAAGGAAGCAGACACCAAAGAUAAAGAGGAGGACAAAGAGCACCAUGUAGCCUCGUUGGUCAUGCGCGAAUAUGAUUACACCAAUACAGGAUACUUGAAUGAGCACGAAUUCAGCCAUUUCAUCCAGGAAAUUCGUCGAGAGGUCGAGGCCCAUCAGGUCUUUCUGGGUACAAACAUACGUUAUGUAGGUCAAUACAUUACAGGGAAGACAUUGGGAUUUGGAAGAGGAGGGAUUGUUAAGAUAGCCAUUCACAGAAGCUUCUUGACCGCAGAUAAGGCCGGACGUUUUCCAUCUACAAGAAAGGGGGCACUAGGUCCAGAGGCAGGGAUGACAAUUAGCAAAAACUAUGCAUCAGCAAAGAGCUUGAGUGCAUACAUCCCUACUAGGAGUGCAGGGAUGGUAGAGGCGGAGCUGCGACCUCGGAGUAGAGCAAAGCCUGGCCGCAAGCAAAGCAACAGAAAAUCGGACGUGUCUACACACUCAUAUGCUAAGUCAUCUGCCGAAAAUGUAUUUGAUGUGCCUUCUGUGACACUAGAUGUCGAAAAGACGCAGUCAGAGGCUAUGUCUACCAAUCUCCAGAUGCCAACUGUGUCCACUAGCGAGUUUGUCACUACUCAGCCCCCUCAGCCAAUCAAUCAGGAUGACGUGCCAGCCUCAGUGCAGGUUGCAUUAAAGCUCAUUCCUAGCAAACCAGUGUCUAGCUUGCUUUCCACUCUAGCCCCAACUGUGAUGCGGAAGAAGACGGCAACUAGGAAAAAUAGAGUCGUGUCCUCGGAUACGAAGACAGAAACUGAUGGAAGUUCUACCGAGUGUAAAGAUUCCUCUACUAACUUCGACACCUCUCGUGAGGCAGUUCCUUGUCCGGAACCAGUUGCACUGGAGCGCCUCACAGGGCAUCAGAACAUCGUCGAGCUGAUGGACAAGUUCGUGUACGUUGAUAUGAAGGGUAACGAGUGGGAGGCUAUGGCACUGACGCUUUGCGGCGGCGGGUCGCUCAAAGAAUAUCGAGCGAACACAGUGGUGACAGAGCCAAUGGCACGGUACUUCUUUUCGCAAAUAAUGUCUGCCGUUCUUUAUAUGCACCUGCACGGGGUGGCACACAUGGAUCUCCGACUGGAGAACUGUCUACUCGAUAAUAAUGGAUGUGUGCGGCUUUGUGACUUCGGCAAUGCAAUGUCCUUUAGUAUGGACGAGGAAUCGAAGCAGGCUAUAGACACUGUUCGCAGGGGUAUGGUGGCCGGUACCCUCGCCCACAUGCCGCCCGAAAUGCUGCUCCUGCAAUCUGACUACUCGGCAAGGAAGGUGGACAUCUGGUGCUGUGGGCUGAUACUCUAUGAGCUCCUCACUGCAAAGCCUGCGUUUACUGUCGCCAAGUCUAUGGAUGGGUGUCACUCAGACACCGAACUUAGCAAGAAGCUCUGCUCCAAUAUUUGUAGCAUGAACUACGAGGCUUUGGGGUUCAAUUAUAGCGCAGAAGCCCGGGAUCUCUGCUCCAGAAUGAUGUCUUAUGACGCUUUGGAGAGACCAGACGCCUACGAGAUACUGCUACACCCAUGGCUUCAACAGGAGAUGAUCAAACCAGCCCUUGCAAAGGGAAUAUUGAUCCUUGAUCCUGCACCUCCAGUUGUAAAAGUGCAGCAACAUCUAGAACAGCUUUUGUCCCUUGAGAAUAUUGAAGCGAAGAAACCCAAGGAUAAGAAGCAAAAUCAACAACCUAUACGACUUAUAUGUUCUCACAAAGCAACGUCUGUCGUCUUCCUCAUCUCGGGGGAGACGAUACACUCAUCCGACAAGCUUAACAAUGAUGACAUUGAACUGGGGUAUUUGUAUGAUAUAAUGCAGUCUGCCUCCGGAGGAACGGUAGCAGAGAAUGAGUACAUACGCCGCAUUCAGACUCACGAGACUGUCUUCAAACUCACUUUCUAUUUGAAGGCAGGACUCAUAUGGGAGUUUCAGCGCCUUUUUCGACGAAUAAGAUACUGCAUGCUGAACGCCUUUGCCAGCACGGCUACAGACGAUAAAGCCAAUACCAACUCCGUGACAUCGUCUGCAGUCGACGAUACUCCUGUCUGUGUGCGGAUAGAUGGGCGAGGAGGAUUCGUCUCCUGA